AUGUUAAUCCCCAUCCAGGACUCGGUUCCCCAUGUUGCCCUGCUGGGGUCAGGAGGGGGGGAGAGAGCAGCGGUGGCUCUGCUGGGUUCCCUGCACCAGAUGCAGGAGGAAGGUCUGCUGGACACUGUGCUGUACCUGGGGGGAGUUUCUGGCUCCACAUGGGCCAUGUCGUCUCUGUACAGCGACCCAAUGUGGAGGGAUAACAUCAGCAGGGUGAUUUCCACAAUGUCUGGUCCCGCUGUGGGGUGGGAUGAAACUCUUGCCUGGCUGAAAGAUAUGAAAAAGAACGACCAAGACUUCUCACUCACUGACGUCUGGGCUGCCAUGAUCGCUUCUACCAUCAUUAAGGAGUUUGACACACGUCGGCUCUCUGAAGACAGCCUCAACACCACUAACCCUUAUCCCGUCUACAACGCCAUUGAGAAAACUUGCAACACGGAGAACGUUACUGAAGGUAAAUGGUUUGAGGUGACUCCUCAUGAGGCUGGCUUCACAGAGUUGGGUCUCUUCAUUGAAACUUCUCAUCUGGGCAGCAAAUUCCACGCAGGACAGCUGCUGGAGGAGAGGCCAGAGAUGGACAUGGUCAAACUACAGGGUGUGCUGAGCAGUGCUCUUGCUAAUGAAGAGGACAUACUAGAGGCAAUGCCUCCGGUAAUUCAAGAUCUAUACAAACUGUACAAAGCCUUAACGCAUGUGCUAACAACAGGAGUGGAAGAUAACACUACUUCAUCUAGCGUCAGUGAAACAGAACAACAACCACAAGAGGAGACAAGCAGUAACCAGACCUUGAAACUGGACAAGAGUCAGGCCCCGGAGGAGGAGGAGAAGGAGGAGGAAGAGGAGGAAAAAUUGGAUUUCCAGUGGAUACGCGAAAAUAUUUUCCCUCUGAUCAAACAGUGGGAAUGGGGCACAACCAAGAACUUCCUCUAUGGAUUCCCAGAAGAUUCUGGCCUCCACUCCUGCCUGCAGACUGAAGAUAUCCAUCUGAUAGAUGCUGGUUUGUCCAUCAAUAUACCAUACCCUCCUUUCCUGGGGGACAGGAGGGACAUUGACCUCAUCAUAGCACUGGAAUACAGUGCUGGAGACAUGUUUGAGACUGUGACUCUGGCCAGAGACUAUGCAGCCAAGGUGAACAAGCCUUUCCCAGAGAUAGAUGACAAAGUCCUGGAGGACAAAGACUGGCCCAAAGACUGCUACGUGUUCCAGGGAGAGGGGAAGCAGCCCACCAUCGUUUACAUGCCACUCUUCAACAGAAACAACUGCAAAGAUCCUGAAGAAGUCCAGGAAAAGAUGAACGAGUUCUCCACCUUCCAACGUGCAUACAGCCAGGAGAUGAUCAGCUCCCUGUUGGAGAUCGCUGUAGACAACAUGAAGAACAACAAGGACAUCAUCCUGAAGGAGAUCAGCAAGGCUGUUGAACGCAGACAGAACAAAAGCUAGGCCUGAAGGCGGCGGUGUCUGAUAUCUAAUCCCCAUCUUAGCAGAACUUCAGUCUGCAGUCCCACGAUGUCGAGAAAUAUGAAACUGACAUCAGUUCAGAGCGAGCCCAUGUAACCUCGUGAAAGAGGCCAGUGAUGCUGAAAGGAUGCAAGAAAAUAAAGAAUACAUGUACAGCUACCAGUAACAGCCAUAAUGCUUGAUAAAGCAACCUUUCUUUCAAAGCCGUCCAUAUGGAAAUGCAAUUUAUUUGACUAAAAGUAAAAUCUGCUUCCAAGGUCUUCUUUAGUGUAUUUGUUUUGUACAAAGGACCCAAAUUAUGUCAGUGACAGAAGCUGUUUCACAUGCAGACAUAUUCAUUUGUUCAAAAUUGAUUUAUUACAUCGCUGUUUUGAAAUCCAGCAUUUAUUUCCCCAUCUGAGCAACAUUCACUUUUUGUCUUUUUUUUGUCUUUUUUUUUUUUUUAAAUCUUGGUGGGGGGAUUUUAUUGUAGUUUUGUGUGAAUUUUAUAGUAAUGGUUUUAUGGUAAUGGUAGUUUUUCUUGCUCAUUUUCUGGUAAUUUUCUGGUUGUUGUUUUUUUUUUUUUUUUAAUUUUUUUCAGUUUUGAUAAAUUUCUUGUAAGUUUUUUGUUCGUUUGUUUUUAAUUCUGAGGCGACUUCAUGGUAAAUCUCUUGCAGUUUAUUAAGGGACAAUUUUGUGGUGAUUUUCUUGUAAUUAAAUUUUAUAUGUAUGGUAUUUGUCUUUUAAGUAGGUCAGUCCAGCCAAUAGGUGUAUUUAUCAAGGCCAUCUUCAGAGAACACUCUCCUGCAAUGAGGCUGAUGUGCUUCCAGUUUAUGUCUCGUUUCCUUAAAGCUUCACAGGCUGGUUCUUCUGUUUGUCAAGCUAAGAGCUUUGCUGAAUUUGGACUUUCCUUGUGAUUUUAAGACAAAUAAAAUAAU